CAUUUGUAAGCGUAUGUUUUGGUAAUAUACUGUUAAAAAGACUUCGCGGACUGGUUUGUAGAACCUGCAGAAGAGCACAAGAUUCGAAGCUUUCAAAAAUACUUCACUAAGAACACAACUGAGAAACUGCUGGCAGUGUGGCUGCUUACCUGCUAUUCAACACAUCAGCUAUGAUGGACACCCCACAAUAGCUGCUGCAAAUGAAAAUGGAUGAUAUGUCACUGUCAGGCCUGGAUAACACCAAACUAGAGGCCUUGGCGCAUGACAUCUACACAGAUUUGGUGGAGGAUGCAUGUUUGGGACUUUGCUUCGAAGUGCACCGCGCUGUCAAGCAAGGCUACUUCUUUCUGGAUGAGACGGACCAAGAAAGCAUGAAAGAUUUCGAAAUUGUGGACCAGCCAGGGCUGGAUAUCUUUGGUCAGGUGUACAACCAGUGGAAAAAUAAGGAGUGUGUGUGUCCCAACUGCAACAGGAGUAUAGCGGCCUCACGCUUUGCACCCCAUCUGGAGAAGUGUCUGGGUAUGGGUCGCAACAGCAGUCGCAUCGCCAGCCGCAGGAUAGCCAGCAGCAACAACACCAGCAAAUCAGAAAGUGACCAAGAGGACAAUGAUGACGUCAACGACAAUGACUGGUCAUACGGUUCAGAAAAGAAACCCAAGAAGAGAAAACCAGACAAGAAUCCCAAUUCACCCAGAAGAUCCAAAUCCCUGAAGCAUAAAAACGGAGAGCUCAGUGGUAGUGUAAAUCCUGACCUAUACAAGUACAACUACAGUUCUGGGAUCAGCUAUGAGACCCUGGGGCCAGAGGAGCUCAGAUCUGUUCUUACUACGCAAUGUGGGGUGGUAUCAGAGCAUACUAAGAAGAUGUGCACAAGGUCCCAGCGCUGUCCCCAGCACACGGACGAGCAGAGGAGGGCGGUCAGAGUUUUCCUCCUGGGGCCGUCCGCGUCAUCACUGCCCAGCUCCGAAUCACUGCUGGACAACGAUGGUUAUGAUACCCCUGACGGACAGCUCAUCAUGUCUCGCCUCCAGUGGGACGGCUCGUCGGACCUCUCACCCUCAGACUCCGCCUCCUCAAGAGCCAGUACCAAUAACUCCGACUCGAAGAGACCCAAGAAAAAGAAGAAACCCAGCUCGCUUCUUGUGAGCAGCGCUGGAGGGAGCGAGAGGGAAAAAGCGAUGGAGCGAGGAGAAAAGGAAAGAGGAGGAACAGGAGGAGGAGGGAGUAUCAGUGGGAGUGGACUGGCUGGGGUCAGCGGUAGCAGCUCCCAGAAUGCCAUAGCUUUGUCCAACCGGAAAAAGAGACCGAGACUGCCUGCUCCACCAGCGCCAACCAUUUACGAUGAGCUGAACUAAAGAGAAGUCCAUGGGCCACUGUCGUCUGAUGUUUUUUUUUUUGCACAACAGACCUAACUGGAAUGCUCCGGUCUGAUCUGUAUCCGUCGCAUUUGUGUCUGUACAGUUAAACCCUGAGCCAGUAAGCCACCUAAGCCAGUCUGAGAGUCCACACCCAUAUUUUCAAAUAUUAAUAACUUACUAUAUUUGUAGGACCGUCCUACUAACCACACGGGGGUUUGUUGAACCCUCUAACCCCCAUUAUUACAAUACGCGCAGGAAUAUACACCGAUCAGCCAUAACAUUAAAACCACCUCCUUGUCUCUACACUAUAGGAGCACUUUGUAGUUCUACAAUUACUGACUGUAGUCCAUCUGUUUUGCUGCAUGCUUUUUAGCCCCCUUUCAUGCUGUUCUUCAAUGGUCAGGACCACAACAGAGCAGGUAUUAUUUAGGUGGUGGAUCAUUCUCAGCACUGCAGUGACACUGGCAUGGUGGUGGUAUGUUAGUGUGUGUUGUGCUGGUAUGAGUGGAUCAUUAAACACCGUGUCCACUCACUGUCCACUUUAUUAGACACUCCUACCUACUUGGUCCACCUUGUAGAUGUAAAGUCAGAGACGAUCGCUCAUCUAUUGCUGCUGUUUGAGUUGGUCAUCUUUGAGAUGUUCAUCAGUGGUCACAGGACGCAUUGUGUAGAAGAAGCUCAUAUCAUUUAUUAUUAUUGUUAUUUUUAUUAUUUAAGUAUCUAGUAUCUAACUGCCUAGAACCCUUAUGUUAACAGUUUAAAGAUCCCACCCACAUAGUCCGGUCAUCCCCCUAGCAGACACAGUAGCCAAUUAGAGUCUGCUGCAGGCACUGCCAAAUAUGCCCACUAGAUGGCGCCCAGUCGACCGGUGGCAACACCGAGUUUCGAACCGAGGAGUUCAGAAUCUCGGUGCUGGUGUGCUUGCGGAAUAUCCCACUGCGCCACCUGGGCGCCAAUACUAGUUAAAUUUACUCGUAGACAUUGUUUAUCUACCGAUAUAACCCUAUACUGCUGACUGGGGAGCUUCGCAACUGACACACGUCCCCUCCGACACGUGUGCAGUGCCGACUGCAUCUUCUUACCUGCACGAGGCGAGUUCAUAUGUGGAUCAGACCCUGAUAAGCAUUAUUCCCAUCAAUCAGCCAGCAGAGGUCGUAAUUGCACCAGUUAUGAGGAACCCUGGUCUGGCUAAUCCCACCCUGUGAACGACAGCCAAUCGUUCAUGUUCAUGUAGCCGCCCAGCCCAGGUGGAUGGCAGAGCUGAGAUUUGAUAAGAUGUAUUCGAAUCCCAGCUCUGGUGUGCUAGCGUAUUUUACUGCUGUGCCACCUAGGCGCCCAACAGGUAGUUUUUUAUACUAGAUUUAAUACUAGUAGACAUUGUUUAUUGUAAAUCCCAUUUUACUCACAACUUGAACAUGAAAGUCUAGGGUCAGCUUUAGACUGUUUUUCUGUCUUGAAAUCGUCUAUGGUGCAACUUACUAGAGAUGCUGUAUGGAUACAGUACAGUUUUUUUUCUACAUGAUGAAUUGUGCAUUUGUACACGAUCAGCCAUAACAUUAAAACCACCUCCUUGUUUCUACACUUACCAUAUAGAAGCACUUUGUAGUUCUACAAUUACUGACUGUAGUCCAUCUGUUUCUCUACAUAUAUUUUUUUAGCCUGCUUUCACCCUGUUUUUCAAUGGUCAGGACCACCAGAGAGUAAGUAUUAUUUAGGUGGUGGAUCAUUCUUAGCACUGCAGUGACACUGACAUGGUGGUGGUGUGUUAGUGUGUGUUGUGCUGGUAUGAGUGGAUCAGACACAGCAGCGCUGCUGGAGUUUUUAAAUACUGUGUCCACUCACUGUCCACUCUAUUAGACGCUCCUACCUAGUUGGUCCACCUUGUAGAUGUAAAGUCAGAGACGAUCGCUCAUCUAUUGCUGCUGUUUGAGUUGGUCAUCUUCUAGACCUUCAUCAGUGGUCACAGAUAGCUGCCCACGGGGCGCUGUUGGCUGGAAAUUUUUGGUUGGUGGACUAUUCUCAGUCCAGCAGUGACAGUGAAGUGUUUCAAAACUCCAUCAGCACAACACACA